CAUCUCCCACAAACGUAUUGGUUAUCAGGCGAAGGCGAGUAGCUGCUGCUUUCAGUCUCUCCGGUUGCGGCAUUAAGGGCAAAGGUUUUUCGAUCGUAUCAUUAUUGCACGCAAAACACCGAUGCAAUGACUUUCCUGGAGUUCCUGCUGCUCCUGCUGGUGCUAUACUACGUGGUCUAUGUGCUCCUGUGGAUCCUGCUCGAUUGCAAUGUGGCGCUGUGGUACAAAUCCCGUUUCGGUGUCUCCCUGUGCUCGAUGCGCGGCCAGGUGGUUUGGAUAACAGGCGCUUCCAGCGGAAUUGGUCGAUCGCUGGCCUUGAGUCUGGCCAAGCAUGGCGUUAAGCUGGUGCUCAGCGCUCGACGAGUGGAGCAACUAGAGCAGGUGCAAGAGGAGUGCCUGGCGGCAGCCAGGGGUCUGCUGGCCACCAAGGAUGUGAUGAUCCUGCCCAUGGAUAUGCAAAUUGAGCAGCACAAGACCCAUCUCUAUGCGGUGCUCAAUCACUUCGAGAGACUGGAUGUCCUGGUGAACAAUGCCGGGCGUUCGCAGCGAGCCAGCUGGACGGAGAUCGACAUCGAGGUGGAUCGUGAGCUGUUCGAACUGGAUGUAUUCGCCGUGGUUCAUCUCAGUCGCCUGGUGGUUCGUUACUUUGUGGAACAGAGGGGAGGCCGGGGACACUUGGCCGCCACAUCCAGCAUAGCGGGCUUCAGUCCGGUCCCAUUUUCCGCCACUUAUUGCGCGGCCAAACAUGCCCUCAACGCCUAUCUGCUGUCCCUGAAGGUGGAGAUGCGUAAGCUGGACAUUAGCAUCUUUGCACCGGGUCCCAUUGCCACGGACUUCCUGCAGGAGGCCUUCACGGGCUCACAGGGUGGCAAGGUGGGCCUGAGCACCGCCAAUCAAAAACGGAUGACGGCUGAGAGAUGCGGUGAACUCUUCGCCGUGGCCCUGGCCAAUAAGAUGGAUCUCACCUGGUGUGGCCUCUUUCCGGUUAAUCUGUUGGCCUAUUGCGCCAGGAAUCCGACACUGACCAAGAUUUUGGGUCACUUUAUGACCGAGAAGACGCUGAACAAGAUACGUGAGGGCAAACUGUAAAAGAUUUUGAUUUACGCCUCAACCUCUCCCUGCUCCUAAUGGUUCUCGAACAACUUUUAUACAAUUGUUU